CUAGACGGCGGUAUAAACUCGGCUGAUCGAUAGAAAUUGCUCGUCCAGACCAGUCUACAUUAAUUGCAACAAAACAUCAGAUGCAAACCAUGACAUGGCAUUCAAAGUCAAAGUGGCCGAUACAAGGACUGUGCUCGUGCACCUUCUUCUCUGCGUGCUCAUUUUCUACUCUCUCUAUUAUAUGAUCGCGAGCGUGUGCUUCGGUGCUUUCAGGUUGGAUCAUUUUGAUGGAUUGAUUCCGUUUGAUUUCAAGACAGAGCCCACAGACUCCAACUCCAAAUAUUUGGUGAACCUGCUGUCAAUGGAACUCACAUACUUCUGUAGUGGUUUGCUGUUUGCUGCUGUGGUGAGGAGAUGGGUCUGGGACUAUGCCCUCACUGUCACCCUACUGCACAUAUUACUCACCAGCUUGGUGAUGCUGGAGUUUCCCUUGGUGUGGCAGUGGUGGUUGGCCUUAGGUAGCAGCUUGUUUCUGAUGAUCUGCAACGGACAGCUCAUCGCUUACUUCGCCUGCCAGGGUGACCAGAGUUACCCCACCUUAAACAGCUACUGAGACCAACACACACACACACACACUACACUCACACACACCUACACACAUGUUGUUCACAUGAAUAGGGUUGAUAUGUAUGGAUAAAUCACAGGAAUAUGCUCUUGGUGCCUUUUGUCAUGUGUUUGUCCGUGUGUCCUGUAUGUAAUGUGUGUGUAAUGUAUGUGUAAUGUGUGUGUAAUGUAUGUGUAAUGUGUGUGUAAUGUGUGUUUAAUGUGUGUGUAAUGUGUGUGUAAUGUACAGUCCUUUUAUACUAGGAAUUUGACACGCAUUCUCUGAAUGAUUUAUAUCGGAUGCGAGUGAAUAAGAAAGAAUGUCAAACUUUUUUAUGAAGAGUUUAUAAUGUACAUACAUUAAAUUGCUAUGCUAGCCUU